AUGCAGCGAAGAAAAUCAGGUUCUUAUGGGGAAAUUACUCUGCAAAACAUUAAAUCAUGUCUUCAUCGAUUGACUGUUAGAAUUGAUGAGCUUAUAUUCACAGAGCAUUCCGAGACAAUUGUUAAUGCUCUGAAAAGAGGAGAACUGUUUGGUUUCGUUUUGAGGUACAAAAUCCCCACUCCUCCCAAUUCGACUAAUCAAAGCUUGAAGAAUGAAAUCAUUGUUCGAAGUGUGCUAUAUAACGAGUCGGAGAUUAAAUUCAAACACAAGAAGGUUUUCUCAAUUGAACUCAAUGAUGAACUCAUAAAGUGUUGGCAGCAAAACCCUAUUCACGUCACCCUGACAGCGGAGAUCUCUAAAACUGCUGAGAAACAUGACGCUAAACUUCAGUUACUCUGCCACACAACUGUUUCUUUCCGGGAUCUCCUACUAUCUCCGUUUAAGUUAAUCAAAGACCACAGUCUAUUUUCUUCUGAAUUUGAAGGCUUACUCUCAAUAUGCUUAGAACUUGGAUCUCGUACCUCUAAUGUAAAUGAAAGACUUGAAGCUCUUCGACAAGUCUCCUUAGACAAUACUUAUACUAUUCAAAAACCUCCAAGACAUUCUCGCUCUCGUAGUGCCUCUAGGUGUCGCUCUUGCAGUCCUCAAAGAGAACAAAAACGAUUGAACGCUGUAUCUCAUAUUCCUAAAGAAAGAUUUGAAUUAUCUCCCAUAGCGCGAAGCUCCUUGUCACAUGACGUGCAUGAUGAGAAACAAUAUAUAUCAACAUCAAGCUUGAGUAAUGACUCCGUAUUUGUUUUGGAACCGAAUCAAAAUCUUCUGAAUACACAUGAAUCCCGUACUCUAUGGAUGAAUCUCUCCUUGCAUGAGGCUCAUGACUUGCCUUUGGUCAGAGAUGAAAGUGGCGCACUCGUUGCUCCAAGAGCUUUCAUCAAAAUUUUAUCUAGAAAUGAACAGAUUCAAUCUCCGGUUUCUGCUCCAUCGCGAAAUCCUAGAUGGAAUUGGUCAGGGCAGUUCGUAUUCAGUGCUGAACGAGGCAACCUAGUAAUCAAAAUGCUUCACAGUCGAGCUGAUGGUCAAGUCGAAUCACUCGGAAUGGUCACUCUCAACAGACCCUUCCAUGAUUUCGAGAAAUCUACCUUCGAGAUUACAAUUCUUACUCCUCAAAUGCAAGGCACAGCCACUGUGACGAUGUCACUAAACGUUCGUCCAUAUAGAGAAAGAGCACCAGUGGAAAACAGAAAAGAAAGAUCUGCCAGCGAAGCAACGUCAAGAAACUCUUACUCAAGUAGUAUAGGGAAAUCAGAGAGUGAAACUCUACGCUGGUCUGGAUCUAAAAGAAAUCCACGAUUGAUAUUAACAACUAGACGUUCACUAAGCUCUUCUCGUAGCCCUGAACCACGAGAAGAUACUAGUCAUUUGUUGAAAGAAAACUUGCAGCAGUUGGAAAAUUUGAUGCAAUCAAUUCGUCAUCGAAGAUGA